CCCUCACCAUCCUCUUCCCCAGCAGGUUUGGGAUGUACAUUCCGUUCCUGCAGCUGAACUGUGAUCUCCGCAAGACAAGCCUGUUCAGCCACAUGGCCACCGUGGGGCCCCGAGAGGCAGUCAGCGGCCUGGCAAAGAGCCGGGAUUACCUAUUGACGCUGCGGGAGACAUGGAAGCAGCACACAAAACAGCUGUAUGGCCCGGACGCUAUGCCCACCCAUGCCUGCUGCCUGUCACCCAGCCUCAUCCGCAGCGAGGUAGAGUUCCUCAAGAUGGAUUUCAACUGGCGCAUGAAGGAAGUGCUGGUCAGCUCCAUGCUGAGUGCCUAUUAUGUGGCCUUUGUGCCUGUCUGGUUUGUGAAGAACACACAUUACUACGACAAGCGUUGGUCCUGUGAACUCUUCCUUCUGGUAUCCAUCAGCACCUCAGUGAUCCUCAUGCAGCACCUGCUGCCUGCCAGCUACUGCGACCUCCUUCACAAGGCUGCCGCCCACCUGGGCUGCUGGCAGAAGGUGGACCCAGCGCUGUGCUCCAACGUGCUCCAGCACCCGUGGACUGAAGAAUGCAUGUGGCCGCAGGGCGUGCUGGUGAAGCACAGCAAGAACGUCUACAAAGCAGUGGGCCACUACAAUGUGGCUAUCCCCUCUGACGUCUCCCACUUCCGGUUCCACUUCUUUUUCAGCAAACCCCUGCGGAUCCUCAACAUCCUCCUGCUGUUGGAGGGCGCUGUCAUUGUCUACCAGCUGUACUCCUUAAUGUCCUCUGAAAAGUGGCACCAAACCAUCUCACUGGCCCUCAUCCUCUUCAGCAACUACUAUGCCUUCUUCAAACUGCUUCGGGACCGCCUGGUAUUGGGCAAGGCCUAUUCGUACUCGGCCAGCCCUCAGAGAGACCUGGACCACCGGUUCUCCUGAGCCCCAGGGUGACCUCAGGGACAGCAUCCAGGCUUUGGCCAGGGGCUCCCUGACAAGGGGCUAUUGGGGAGGGGUGGGGGGACAAAGAAAAAAAAAGACAAAAAAAUUCACCAGAGCUUUGUAUUUUUGUUACGUACUGUUUCUUUGAUAAUUGAUGUGAUAAUGAGGAAAAAUGUCCUAUUUUUAUACUCCCAACAA